AAACGCCGGAACCAACAGUCGCCAGUUAAAGUGUUCCGUCAGGAAGGAUUUAUCGGCGCACCACAAAAGUAUUUUUUAUAUAACGCAUAUGAACUUGUUUGAAUGAUUGUGUUGAAAAUUCAUCUAGAAAAUGACUGAGGAGGGCGGUAAGAGUCAAGCCUCGAAGGUCCAGAGUAUCCUUGAUAUUCAGAACACGCCGUGUGCUCGGGAAUCUAUCCUACAUGGAGCAGGUGGUUCAGUGGUGGCAGGAUUGGUGCACUUUUUGGCAACAAGUCGAGUGAAGAGGUCGUUUGAUGUGGGUGUCGCAGGAUUCAUGCUCACCACACUGGGCUCAUGGUUCUACUGCAGAUAUAAUAAUGCCAAGCUGCGUGUUCAGCAGAGAAUCAUUCAGGACGGCAUAAAGAAUAAAGUCAUGUAUGAAGGCACAAGUUUGGAUCCCACACGGAAAAAGACAGAGGAUGAGUAGAAGUGUCUGAUGCCUUUAAUGUGAAAGCCACUUUAUUUAUUGCACAAUUAAAUCUGUCAAAUGUUUGUAAUAAAAAAUGUUUUUAAAUAAAA